UUAUCGAAUCGCGUGUGGUUGAGCCUAAUUGGAUGAUGUCUGUUAUAUUCUUCACACACGGUCCUGCGUUUCCCGAGAACACUAUCAAUUCGUACUUCGGAGGAAAAAUCUCUAUACAACAACAGCGUCAGCUGACGCCAAAUGGAAAAAUCCAAAUGCGAUGCCUCGGUGAGUACCUGCGAGCUCACUACAACCCACAUUGCCUGGAAGCUGCAGCCUUUGUCUCACCGGUAAAAAGAUGCAAUGAUAGCAUCUACUACGUAUAUCAGGGCUUAUUUAAUGCGUCAAACAUUCCGUUGGAGUCGCAGACAUCCCUUCCUGCCGGAGAUGACACUAUUGCUCGAAGAUCUCUAAUGGCUAACAUGGGACCGAUUUUAAAUCGGAUGGUCCAUUAUCCCGCAAAGAACGUCAACUCGUUUUUGCAGGGAAUUAUUAAUGCGAGCGAGACUACACGAAACAGGCUCAAACCAGACACGGUGAUCGUGGAUGUUCUUCUGUCAGCACUAGCCGACGGGCAGAAGUUAGACGAGCGUCUAGCCAAUGUUUCUUUGCGUCUUCUAAGUGAUAUGGAAAAAGCUAUCCUGACAGCACAAACCAAGGGAUUCCAGUACGAUCUGGUUCAGCCAAUCUUUCAGGAUCUUCGCCUUCGACUUCAAAACGUUACGGAUACGUCUGCAGUACCAAACGUGAAUUUAGCGCUCUUCUGCUUGACACCCUUGCAAUUGGCUGCUACGUUUCGUACUCUUUUACGUAACGAGUAUUCAUUUAGCAGUGUAUUUGGUGACGCCUUUGAAUUCAAGGUGUAUAGCGGAGGCCGGGUUCUGCUCAAUAGCAUUUCCGCUAACUACAACACAGCUG